AUGAUCCUGACUUUACAGAUGAGGAUAUGACAGUCUUUGGUGCUAGGCGACUUGCUUCAGGAGACACCAAUCCAAUGGGAGCCACCCAGAAACCACAUUUCUGUUGCCUGAACCAGCUCGGAAAGCUGGUUGGGGGACACUGAGAAGUCCUGUGCAUUGAUGUCCCCCUCUGAACAAGGAAGAGAACAGGAGGGCUGCGAUGACAGGCAUCUUCAACCAGUGUGGCUCCCACUCUUUGGCUUUCCAGACUGGCUUUCCUCCUGAAGACACAGCCUGUUGUUAAAUUGUUACCAAGGUCCCAGGGGUUCUGUUCUGAGAAAGGGACAAAAGAGAGCUAAUAUAAAUCCCCAGGAGUGCUCACAGGCUGCCUGCAAACUCAUCCGCUUAUUCACUCGGCAAACAUGGAAUGUUGGCAUGGAGCAUCUGCUGCUACAUGCCAAGCUCUGCGCUGGGCUGGGGGAUGCUGAGAUGGAAAGACCUAGUCCUAACUCUCCAGGAGCACCCAGGCUGGAGGAGGCAGAAGUGGAGCAUGUGAGUGGUAUAAUAACAGAAGAAUCACAGUGGGCAGCAGCAUCACUACAAGGGGCUUCACAGAGGAGGCAAUGAUGGAGUAGAGGCCGAAAGGGUACUUCUUGGGGGUGACUUCCCAAAUCAACUAGUUGUCCUGACAUCGUUGUCUCUGACUCUACUUCUGAUGAACUGAGACCGAGAAACCUGGGUUGAUUGGUUCUCCUUACCGUCUCCAGAGAGAAGAUCUGACAAUCAAGGCAGAGGACUCCAAACUGGGAAAGAGCAGGCCUUGCUCAUCGUUGUCCUUGGUGCUGUGCUAGACACAAGACAGAUUCCUAAGACAGACCUUGCCCUCAAGGAGCUCACAGAUGAUCAGGGGAGACAGGCGACUCAUGGCCUCUCAAAUAAGGCUGAAGCGUUUGAUUGGCAGUGCAAGUGUCUUCAGUGCUUUUUUCUGCAGCCAUGACCACCGUGGACGUGUAGGUUGAGAGGAAGGAUCAAGGACAUUGAGCCAUCAUGUGGAGAACAGCUGCCCUGGAAAGUUGCUGGACGCACAGUGGACUUCGGGCGCUGAGUGACCAGACCAUGGAGACCCUGCUUGGUGGCCUGCUAGCGUUUGGCAUGGCGUUUGCCGUGGUCGACGCCUGCCCCAAGUACUGUGUCUGCCAGAACCUGUCUGAGUCACUGGGGACUCUGUGCCCCUCCAAGGGGCUGCUCUUUGUACCCCCUGAUAUUGACCGGCGGACAGUGGAGCUGCGCCUGGGCGGCAACUUCAUCAUCCACAUCAGCCGCCAGGACUUUGCCAACAUGACGGGGCUGGUGGACCUGACCCUGUCCAGGAACACCAUCAGCCACAUCCAGCCCUUUUCCUUUCUGGACCUCGAGAGCCUCCGCUCCCUGCAUCUCGACAGCAAUCGGCUGCCAAGCCUUGGGGAGGACACCCUCCGGGGCCUGGUCAACCUGCAGCACCUUAUCGUGAACAACAACCAGCUGGGUGGCAUCGCAGAUGAGGCUUUUGAGGACUUCCUGCUGACACUGGAGGACCUGGACCUCUCCUACAACAACCUCCAUGGCCUGCCGUGGGACUCCGUGCGACGCAUGGUCAACCUCCACCAGCUGAGCCUGGACCACAACCUGCUGGAUCACAUAGCCGAGGGCACCUUUGCAGACCUGCAGAAACUGGCCCGCCUGGAUCUCACCUCCAAUCGGCUGCAGAAGCUGCCCCCUGAUCCCAUCUUUGCCCGCUCCCAGGCUUCGGCUUUGACAGCCACACCCUUUGCCCCACCCUUGUCCUUUAGUUUUGGGGGUAACCCACUUCACUGCAAUUGUGAGCUUCUCUGGCUGCGGAGGCUCGAGCGGGACGAUGACCUGGAAACCUGUGGCUCCCCGGGGGGCCUCAAGGGUCGCUACUUCUGGCAUGUGCGUGAGGAGGAGUUUGUGUGCGAGCCACCUCUCAUCACCCAGCACACACACAAGCUGCUGGUUCUGGAGGGCCAGGCGGCCACACUCAAGUGCAAAGCCAUUGGGGACCCCAGUCCCCUUAUCCACUGGGUAGCCCCUGAUGACCGCCUGGUAGGGAACUCCUCAAGGACCGCUGUCUAUGACAAUGGCACCCUGGACAUCUUCAUCACCACAUCUCAGGACAGUGGUGCCUUCACCUGCAUUGCUGCCAAUGCCGCCGGAGAGGCCACAGCCACGGUGGAGGUCUCCAUCGUCCAGCUGCCACACCUCAGCAACAGCACCAGCCGCACUGCACCCCCCAAGUCCCGCCUCUCAGAUAUCACUGGCUCCAGCAAGACCAGCCGGGGAGGUGGAGGCAGUGGGGGUGGAGAGCCUCCCAAAAGCCCCCCGGAACGGGCUGUGCUUGUGUCUGAAGUGACCACCACCUCGGCCCUGGUCAAGUGGUCUGUCAGCAAGUCAGCACCCCGGGUGAAGAUGUACCAGCUGCAGUACAACUGCUCUGACGAUGAGGUACUGAUUUACAGGAUGAUCCCAGCCUCCAACAAGGCCUUCGUGGUCAACAACCUGGUGUCAGGGACUGGCUACGACUUGUGUGUGCUGGCCAUGUGGGAUGACACAGCCACGACACUCACGGCCACCAACAUCGUGGGCUGCGCCCAGUUCUUCACCAAGGCUGACUACCCGCAGUGCCAGUCCAUGCACAGCCAGAUCCUGGGUGGCACCAUGAUCCUGGUCAUCGGGGGCAUCAUUGUGGCCACGCUGCUGGUCUUCAUCGUCAUCCUCAUGGUGCGCUACAAGGUCUGCAACCACGAGGCCCCCAGCAAGAUGGCAGCGGCCGUGAGCAAUGUGUACUCGCAGACCAACGGCGCCCAGCCACCGCCUCCAAGCAGCGCACCCACCGGGGCCCCGCCGCAGGGCCCGCCCAAGGUGGUGGUGCGCAACGAGCUCCUGGACUUCACCGCCAGCCUGGCCCGCGCCAGUGACUCCUCUUCCUCCAGCUCCCUGGGCAGUGGGGAGGCUGCGGGGCUGGGACGGGCCCCCUGGAGGCUCCCACCCUCCGCCCCGCGCCCCAAGCCCAGCCUUGACCGCCUGAUGGGGGCCUUCGCCUCCCUGGACCUCAAGAGUCAGAGAAAGGAGGAGCUGCUGGACUCUAGGACUCCAGCCGGGAGAGGGGCUGGGACGUCGGCCCGGGGCCACCACUCGGACCGAGAGCCGCUGCUGGGACCCCCGGCGGCCCGGGCCAGGAGCCUGCUCCCCUUGCCCUUGGAGGGCAAGGCCAAACGCAGCCACUCCUUCGACAUGGGGGACUUUGCGGCUGCGGCGGCGGGAGGGGUCGUGCCGGGCGGCUACAGUCCCCCACGGAGGGUCUCGAACAUCUGGACGAAGCGCAGCCUCUCUGUCAACGGCAUGCUCUUGCCCUUUGAGGAGAGUGACCUGGUGGGGGCCCGGGGGACUUUUGGCAGCUCCGAAUGGGUGAUGGAGAGCACGGUCUAGGUGGGGGUGGGCAUGCUCCCUUUCCUGCGCGCAGGGUGGGAGAAGAAGGGGAAAGAAUCUCACUGGCAAGUGUUUGUGGAGUCUCCAUGGUGAUGUUUACAUCCAGGGACAGCUUCGUCUCCCUGUCAAUGGCCUCGUGUCCCUCCCUACCCCCCAACACCCACAUCACCUCCCCACCACCCGGCCGGGGUGUGCUCAGGGAAUGUGGACUCGCUCAAAUGCCGGACUGAGCCCUGAGUGUUUGGAAAGGCGAGACUCCGCCUUUCUAAUCACAAAUGUAGCCUACAAGCAAGCGGCUUUGGAUUGCUUAUGGGUCUAGUGUUGUUUUUAUUUCUUAAUUUUUUUUUUCCAUUU